GGGGUGCCAUAAUGUUUCGUUCGGGGGAUGAAGGUUCUCCGUGAUGUAUUACCUCACAGCACUUGCCCAGCCGCGUGAGAUUACGUCUGUGGCCCUGAAAGGAAGUGAUGGUUAUGUUAGGUGUAGUGAAGAGGGUGUUUGAGGCGGUGAGUGUGUGCUUGAGGGCGUUGUUGUGAGCGAAGAGCAGCGGGGCGCCGAGCGAAGGCGCGUGGCGGGGUCCUGGCCGCCGCGGCGAGGCCCAGCACAAGAAAAUGGAGGCCCCGCAACCCCUCAGUACUGAUAUAUGUAAGGGCCAAAAACUCAUCGUGACGGUGGAGGACGCCCACCCCGACCUGCUCCUUGUGUCCCAUGAGCAUGGCACUCACAUCUUCCAGGGCGUGCUGCUCGAUUCAGCCAAAGGGAGGAUACCAUGUGGCAUUUACCCACCUGGGGGCCAGUUCCCGCCCCCGCCCCCGAGCAAUGCCGGCCAGCCCCUGGAGGGGGAGGACAAACUGUUCUCGGUGCGGCAGCGACACACCUAUUACCAGCAGGACAGUGCCGACCCCUUGGACACUGGUGUCAAGGCCAAGAAGGGCCUCCAGCUGAGACAGUCCAUUUCCCUCACCCAGAGGUUCAAAAACUCCCGCAUGACGGUGCGGCUGCGGCCCAGACAAGUGUUGUGCUCAAAGUGCCAGUCCAUCUGUAACGAAAAGUCUGAGAACGUGAGUGGGUCUAAGGGCCAGGGUGCCUUGGACCCCCAAGGUGCCGGCAGGCCGGGGAGUGAAUCCCGCGGCAGCAACAGCAGGAGUCUGAGGGACCGGGCCAGCCAGGACCACCAAAGUGCUAGUUCUUCCUCACAAAAGAAAUCAUCAGACAGGAGUUUGGUGCCUAAGCUAGUGAAACUUAAGCCUAGUGAGAUAGAGGCUGCCACCAGCAAGGGUGUCAGCUGCUUACGGAAAAACUCAGGAAGCAAAAAUUCACGGGGUGGCUGUGAUGGUAGUGGAGGCGAUGAGGUGGGGGUGGGGGCCGCCUACGCGGUGUGCGGCAGCAACUUGGCAGGGGACGGCAGGGUGCCAAAGCUAAAACUGUCCACUAACCUGUGUUUAUCAGACUCCAGUGAAGCCAAGAAGAAAGGCCGCAUCCCUAAAAUGACUAUAUCCACCCUCAACUUGGCUCUGUCCUCCUGUGAACUAUCCAAAGAGUAUCCUGAGAGUGAGAGUGGGGAAGCCAAGAGCCAAGGGAUACCAAAGAUGAUCCUCUCCACCGUAGGUCUCGGAGGGGAGGCAGCCGGGGAGAAGAAGGACAAAGAUGGAGGAAGCAAAAACAGGAAACUGGCUGAAUUGGGUGAAUCUCACAUGGACAGUAAAGAGCUUAGGUUAAGGUCAGGCAACGUGCACAAGCUAACCAUCUCGGCAGCAGCAGCAACAGCACACCAGGAGUUUGGGGAGGCUGCCGAGGAUCAUGUUUCCUCAGCCGUCGCGCUGCCCAAACUAACCAUUCUUCCAGUUGUCCCAAAGAAUGAAGAGCAGGAAGAGGUUGAUUCCGGUGACCCCAAGCACCACAAAGCAGGAAAGUUCUCCCUGGAUGACCUGCAGCCAGAGAAAAUGAACUUGAGAAAGAAGAGAUCGCUGGGCUCCAUGGAAGACUUGUGGGACGAGAGUGUGUUUGACGAGGCUGCGAAGAAGCACAAGAGAGAGGAUAUGGAGGGCAGUGGGGCAGAGGGGGACGACAGUCAGUGCCAGAUAGCAGAGGAGGACAAGGAAGGACCUGAGGAGGGUAAGCCCAAGGCAACUCCAGUCCUCAAGAUAUCGUUUGGGCCGGAGGGGAAAGGAACGGUUCUCAAGAUUCCUUCCAAGAGCACCGUGGUAACCAUGAACACCUCUGAGGGGGACACAGAGGAGGAGAUAACCAAGAAAUGCAAAGACAUGAGUGCCAAAGCUGCCAAGAAGGCCCUAAAGAAGGCUAAGAAGGAGGCACAGAAGAAGACGGUGCUGGGCAGUGCGUCGCCGGCGUACAUGGUGGGGGGAAUGUCGCCAAGGUUUGGUGGAAUGUCGCCGCUCAGACUAGGAGGCAUGUCUCCGGCCAGGCUGGGGGGGUUCUCACCGGCGAGGUUUGGCGGCACCUCCCCGGCGCGGUUCGGAGGUAUGUCCCCGGCCAGGGCUGCGGCUGUUGACCUCUCCACGCGGGACUUGCCCCCCAAGAAGCACAAACACAAAGUCAAGCAUAAAAAGAAGCACAAGGAUGAGCGUCGCCACAAGUCGCCUGAAGAUAGCAAGGGCCAGGUGGAGCUGCAGGACGAACAGAAGGACAGCGACACACUCCUGCUGGACCCCACGGAGGCAGACAUUCCCGUUGAGAACAUCACCCCAGACGUACAGUGGAACUCCUCCGAGAGAGCCGAGUACCCCGCAGCCACGUCGCCUCACAGCCUCAGCCAGCCGUCAUCAGUCAACUCCCAGGCGGCCGUGGCCAGCCCAGGCAUCCCCCUCCAGCCCUCCCGACACAAGCUCUCCAUCUCCAUCAAGCGGGUGAGCAAUGCGAGCUACGUGGCCUGUGACUCCAGCCACUCGGACGGGGAAAGAACCUCCACCCCCACCCCCACGAGCCUCACCCUCCCCGACGAAGACGAACCCGCCGAUAAGCCACUCGACACACAGGACACGGACACAUUCCCGGACCCUUCGCUGACCCUUGCGGCAGAGUCGGAGGAGUACGGGAAGCUGGCUCCUCUGGAAAUGCCGGACUCCUAUAAGGUGGAGGGUGCCAGGCUGGAUAACCCGGCCGUGGACCCACAAGAUGAACAAAACCAGGCUCUCCUGCGGGCCGCGUACGCCAUGGAGACACCCGAGCCCUCCCUCCCGGGCAGUGACUCUCCCAGCAGUGACGACACAUGCAAUGGAGCCAUACCGGACUUCCCGAGCAGCGCCCCAAACAUCGGAGACACGGAGGAGGAGCAGAGUGCGGCCCUCCUGAUGAAGCUGAGCUGGAAGGAGGUGGAGCAGUGUGAGGUGGACAACGGCCGGGUGAUGGCCAUUGGGGACGUGGUCUGGGGCAAGAUUCAUGGCUUCCCGUGGUGGCCGGCAAAGGUGAUGGCCAUCAGAGUCCUGCUGGAAGGGAACGGUGACGUGCGAUGUCAGCAGGCACACGUCAGCUGGUACGGCUCCUCCACGUCCUCCCUCAUGCCCGCCAACACCCUGCAGCCCUUCCUCCAGAUGUUUAAGAUGCGUUACAACAAACGUAAGCGCGGGCCCUACAGGGAGGCCAUCAAGCAGGCCACAUGUGAGGCUGAGCAGAUCCUGGCCAGCGACCUGCCACACCCAGAGAUUGUCGGGGAGCAGCAGCAGCAACAGCAGCAGGCGCAGCCGCCGCCCCAGGCACCGGAGAACCUGCUGGGUGCAUCCCCGAGGGAGGUGGAUGUGGUCAGUUGAGGCCAGUGCCAGGGCCAGGCGGCACCCUGCCCGGGAGGUGGAGAAGCUUUAAAACAUAACCUGACUAUGUUAAUGUUAUGGAAUACUACUUGUCUCCAUUGCAGUGUAGUUAUAAGGAGCAAUGCUGUGCUGCAGCAGGGAGGGAGCCAGUGCUGCAAGCAGUCCCGACGUGAUGGAUUAUGUGUUCAGUAACAUUUACUGGAAUUAUUGUUCACAAUAUGUAAUUUAGAUAUAUGGUGCUGUUGAUGAUGCAGAAAGUUGAUGUUGUACUUAGUUAGGGUGUGUUUAAGAGGGAGGCUGAGGGAGCCAGGCAUGCAGGUGUCUAUGAAGGGUUCACAGAGGAGCGUUGCCGUCUGCAUGUGAGCACGGCAGCGCAGCAUUGGGUACAUGUACGGCAGUCUGCUACCAUUUAUAUAAAAUUUCCAAAUACUUAGUAUGAUUAAGUAAAAGACAAUUAGGUUCAUGAUAAGGUAUCAUAAACAGUGGUUAGGUGUUGAUGGUCAAACAAUUGUAUAUUUUUUCACCUUUGCUAAAGUUACAAAACCACGUCAUUGAGGAAAACUUUGCCAUUGAUCGUAGCUUAACGUUGUCCUUCAGACCAGCUCUCCGCCACGUCUUGCUCUGCUGCCCCAAGCUUCAUAGGAGGAUGCAGCACAGCAAAGAUAAAGUUAAACACCAGGUGGGGAGCUUCUUGUUUGUCUGCACGAAGGAACCAAACAGCUUAGGCUCAGACGGGUAUGUACAGUCCACGGCGAGGGUCACGUUGCCUCUCGCCACAAGCAGGAGUCGUUGGCUGGCAGCAUUCUAAGCUCAUGUCUUCAAAAGUUUCAGAGGACCCAACCCCACAAAGUGUAGCAGCAGUGUUAAUCCUCUUGAGAAUGUCCCCAAGCCAUGCCUCCUCUAAUCCAGAUGUUCCCGCCUAUGAUUAUGUGCAAUUAUUUAACGUGGCUUGUACAUCCACACCGAGCGUCCUCCCAACCCUGUGGUACCGAUCCUCUCAGCCGGCGUUGUGUUGGAGUGUGACUCAGCCUUCUCACGGGCCCUCAAUUCUGUUUUUCCAUUUCAUUAUCAUUCAUUUUUUUCCAACCUGACAAAAUCCUCAAAAAACUCAUCCGUGCACUCCUCUUUCUGCAUUCCUCUUCCUUUUAUACCGGAUUUUCUUUUUCACAGAAUCCACCACCACAGCAUCGUCCAUUGCAAUAGACUACUCACUCAUCAUCAUCGUGGAAGUUUUCAUUAAAUUGCUAACCACGGCACAAAGGUUAUUGUUGACGCACAGUUCUGGCCGUUUGACUGACCAGAACUUCCUCAGCCACUUGACAGUCACUCUCUCAUGGACUGUCAUAGUUAAGGAAAUUUUAUUAACAAUAGACUAUAGCCUCAAAGCCCUUAACAGAUGAAUGUACGACAGAGCAGAACACAACCUGACAACCACACACACACACACACACACACACACACACACACACACUCACACACACACACACACGAUGCAUUUACUGUAACCGUAUAUUCUCAGGUAUGCUUAUGAGUUGGAAAAGUACUCUAGGGGAAGAUUGGUUCAUUAAAGGAAUUAUAUUUUCAUAGAUGAAACUUUGUUGUUUUUCAGGAACAGCCCCGCUCAGAGGAAGGAGUGUUAAGUAACUCUUGGGAUGUAAUGGACCAGUUGACGAUUGUUUUCUCUUUCGGUUUAGUGUUUGGAUGAUAAAUGUUGUGAAGUGUCCCAUGACUCACUUCAUUUGACAAACCAAAGUAAAGAUUUGGAGGUCUGGGCCUUCAAAGCUGUACAGACAGUUGACGGCAGCGCAGACCUCCAGUGCGAUGUUAUAAGCCACCAAGCCCGGUCAUACUAAUUAGUCAUAUUAUUAUUAUUAUUAUUAUUAUUAUUAUUAUUAUUAUUAUUUUUAUUAUCAGCUGCAGUAAGAGUAAAUAAGUAAUAGAAUGACUAUAUUGCUGUGCAGUAUAUGGUAUAGUAUGUUGGUUAACUACUCCUACUACUUCUAUUCUGCUACAGUAAUACACUAGUGGUUUCUAGUACUAUCAUACAACUACUGCAGAAAUAGUAUAGAAGUAAAUCAGACUAAUUCACUAGUAGUAGUAAUAAUAGUUGAAGUAGUACUAAUAGUAGCAGUAAUUAAUAUAGUAACAGUAUAGGUAAUAGUAACACUAAUAAUAGUAACAGUAGCUAAUAUAAUUGUAGUGUUAGUAAGAGUGAUCGCAGUGACUGGACAGUGGAAUAGUAAAGCAUUCAUAAGUGUUUUUACAUGUUUGCUCAUUUCUUCAUUGCUGCCUCCCCAUGAUGCAAGUCUUUCCCAUGAUUCAUGUUCGACCCUGAGCCUGGGAGGGGAGCCGACAGAGGCCCGGCGAUGGCAGCUACACACCCACGCUGCCGGCCUCCUUGGGUCAUGGUGGUGGUGGUUCGUGACAUCACAGCCAAGGUGGUGCAGAUUUUUAUUUAUUUAUUUUUUUUCACUUGCUCAUUAUAUUGAAAUUCUUGUUGUGUUAGAUUGAAUAUUGACAAAGCGAUGCAUACUAAAAGGGAAAUAUUCUAUACAAUCGUCAACACGUCCAUUGUCAUCCAGAUUAUGAAACUCAUCGACACUUUUCUUAGCCUAGAGUGACUGACAGUAAUCACCCAAUGAACUGAUUAUUGCAAAUAGGAAGAUAUAUCCAGUAUUUUUUAUAAUUCAUAGUCAGUAAUGUCAAUUUUCCUGUAACACAUUGCAGGGUUGUCUCCUUAGCUUACUGUUAUCUCAUAAAUAGUUGGAAAUAUAGGUCAGUAUUGUAAGACUUUCGCUUCCCGCAUCAGCUAAUUCUAAUGGUCAACGAGGGGAUCAGUCAGGUUCUAAUGCGUGUUUCUUGAGGUUCACGGUACAGAAGAAGGGUCAAACUACCACCAGGGUCGUGAAACUACUCCUGGAAAUCCCCACAACUCCUACGAAAGCCUUGUCAAAUAUGUGUUUUUGGGCGGCGAAAUGUCUUUUAAUACGACUCUUACUCUAGCCACAUAAUAAUGACAGAAACAAGUAACGGUGACGACACACUGGAGGACUCGCCGUGUGUGCAUCGAAGGAUCAUAAGAGUCGUGUAACAUUUACUCUGCAAGGGUCACUGUUUGAUGCUCCAUGAUCGUGUCUCGUUAGUCAGCCCGAGACUUCUAUACCCAAUACUUACGAUGUGAUCCUUGUAAAUGCCUAGGCGAGUGUAGCCCAUCAGUGUGUAUGAGGGAGCAGCGGGGGAGUUCCUGGAAUCUCAACGUGCAUGCCAAGCUCUUCCCCGCCAAGCACCGUUGCCAGAUUGUCAUACUCAGUCUUCUAUGUUUCCCGAUUUCAGGCCACAAAACUGCAUCCUCGACCCCAAUAACUGCCUUCAUAUAUAGUUAUUGUUAAAAUGGUUAAUUACUGGUGUUCUUUGGCAAUAGCUAUGGCUCACAAACAGGUAAACACGAGGCUCUGAGUACGAUAAUCGGGCAACGAUGCCACCAAGAGCUUUCCUGCCCCUCGUUUGAUCAUUUUGUACGUGUCAAAUCAGUGACGCACCAGAACCUACACCAGACUGCAACUGUGUUUGAGAAUUCUGUGUUUUGUGAGCUCCUACGAGUCACAAGAUGGCUAAGAAUGGUUGCUCUGCGUGUUUGAGCUAUCCAGGAGUGUUGUGGAUAUAUACAUUGCAGUGGGAUGUUGAGUCAAAGGUAUACAGUUGAACGUGAUGUGAGCGCUGUGCAAGCAAGCAGCGUUAUAAUCUAUGUCAAGUGGAGUCUGGAGGAGAGGACGAGUAGGAUUAACAGCCAUAUAGAUUUGUACAUUGUAGCCAAAUGUUAUAUAGCAUCUUCCAUAUUUUUUUUAGUAUUGUAAAUAUCACACUUUUUCACAUUAUUGUUGUAUACAUAUCAUAUAUAUUGUUUGUCCCUACUUCCUGAAAACUACGGUAGACUUUCUCCUCAUCCCCACGUCAUUAUUUUCUGCAGACAAAACUUUGCAAGACAUACAGUGAUGUAACAAGCAGGGUAUUACUCCUUUAGACCUCAUUGUUGACAUGCAAGCCUCUCGCUGCUUCUGGCCAGACUGUUAGGUGGCCCUGGAAGCCCCUGUCUCUGCCCUGCCCCUUCCCUAGCAUCCUUCCUCCCCCCUCCCUGUCAUGUAACCUUUGGGGUGACCGCUGGCCCUGUAGACUUGUGAAUAUUAAAAUGUCUUGAUGUUUUCUAGUUGUGCUUCAGUAACUGCGACACGGCUCACUGUGUUGUAGAGGCGACAGAGACAGCCGCCGCCAGGUCUACUGUUGAGGCCACCCCAUCCCCUACCCCACCCCCUGGACCCAUCCUGCCAGUCCCCCCUAGAGAGUACAUGAGAAAGCAGUGCAUGACCCUCGGCCCCACAGAAUGGCCCUUCCCCGUAAAUUCAAGCAAAUUCCCAAGUAUUUUUGUAUAGUUUUAAUACAGAAUCUCUCAGCUGCGUUGCCAGGAGGCUGUGAGAUGUUGGUGGGCCGGCACGUGGCCAGCUUCACGGCCCUGCCAGGCACCUGUGUUUGGUGGCUGGGAGGGCCAACGCCUGACAGGUUUUCUCUAUUUUUACCAUCUUUCUCUUUACGCUGCAGAUGGUAAGGAAGGACUCAGUGCUGUAUUAUUCGGUUUCUGUUUUCUUACUUGUACAGUUUUCUAACUUAGCUGGAGUAAUGAGGGAAGAUCUUUUGUAUUUGUCUCCAGGAAGACGUAUUUAAUAACCAGAGACGAAGAGUUGGCGUCAAGAUGUGCAUUACUUGCUGUUUGUAUUGUAUUUUGCAGGAAGUUUUUAAUGCUGUAAAAUUAUUGUGCUCAGAUUAAUAUAGUCUCAGGUUUUAGGAGGGAAACAACCAAAGACUGUGGCAAACAAAACAAUAUGAAAUUAUACUUGAUAGAUUUGCUUCAGAUAUUUUGUGACGGCCAAGUUUACAGAUACGGUCGUCCCUCAAAUAGUACAGUUUCCAAUAGUUUGGUUUCGGCUUUAUACGGAUUGUCAUAGAAGAUUUUUUAAGGAUUUUUAAAUUUCCUGCUUGUCGGAAAAUUUAAAAAUCCUAAAAAAAUCUUUAUGAAAAUCCACAUAAAACCAAAACCGUACUAUUUGAGGGACGACCGUAUUGCCAUUAUGAACAAUUAUGUUAUGUAACCAUUUGCAGUUCUCACAGAAGCACUCAUGAAUUGUUCUCCUGCACACACAUCUCUUCUUUAUCUUCUAACAUUAAUAGAGAAUAUAUAUUUUUAAUACAGUACUCCUCAUGACUGCUUUCAGUUAUGCAAUGGGCAAAACUACUUCAUACACUAAUGUAAUAGCAGUUAGAUAUAGCUUUGUGUUGAGGAUGGUCAGGUCGGUAUCAUAAGACAUUUUCGCUUCUCAAAUCACCUAUUUCUAAAGGUCAAAGGGGGGUCAGUCAGAUUUUAAUGAGUGUUUCUGUAGGUUCAUGUUACAGAAGAUGGGUCACACUACCACCAGGGUCAUAAAACUACUCCUGGAAAUGCCCACAACUCCUACGAAAGCCUUGUCAAAUGUGUGUUCUUGCCCACAACUCGUAAGAAAGCCUUGUCAAAUGUGUGUUCUUGCCCACAACUCGUAAGAAAGCCUUGUCAAAUAUGUGUUCUUGAGCAACGAAAUGUCUUAUAAUACGACCCUCAGUGUUUGCCGGCAACACUCACAGGAGGUGUUGUGGCGCGCUGACUCCUGAGUUUACUGUAGACAUUGCUUUGAUGUGUGAGGAAGGACGAAGAGUAACCACUAAGGAAAAACACUUUAUUUUCGCAUCUGUAACUUAACUACUUUGUGUUAUUGGAUUUUACUCCAAGGAAUAUUUAUGCAUGUUAUUUUGAUUAAGAUCAGUAACGGUAUCAUGUCGUCACCCUCAUAAAAUAAUUGCCUAAGUCAUUUUUCAGCGAUAUCCAGGUUUUUGUCUGCAAUUUUUCAACAUGACGCCCAUUUUUGUAUAGUUGCCUUCGUCAUUCAGGGUUUGAGUGUUAUAGAAUUGGCCUUUUCAUUCCUGCCUAAAUCUUAAGACAAAUGAGAUAAUGACAGUUCUUUUAUGAUUUCCUGUAAAGAUAUUGACAGUUCUUUCAUGAUUUCCUGUAAAGAUAUUGACAGUUCUUUUAUGAUUUCCUGUAAAGAUAUUGACAGUUCUUUUAUGAUUUCCUGUAAA